AUGUCAUCGGGAAGACCUAUCAAAUGUGUGGUGGUCGGUGACGGCACGGUGGGGAAAACGUGCAUGCUGAUCAGCUAUACGACCGACAGCUUUCCCGGCGAAUACGUACCCACGGUCUUUGACAAUUAUUCCGCCCCAAUGGUGGUGGAUGGCGUGCAAGUAUCGCUCGGACUGUGGGAUACGGCUGGACAGGAAGAUUACGACCGGCUAAGGCCACUGUCCUACCCACAGACGGACGUGUUCCUCAUAUGCUACAGUGUGGCCAGCCCGUCUUCGUUCGAAAAUGUUACCUCCAAGUGGUAUCCCGAGAUCAAACACCACUGCCCGGAUGCGCCUAUUAUUUUAGUUGGUACCAAAAUCGAUCUGCGGGAGGAUCGCGAAACAAUUAGCGUACUGGCCGAGCAGGGUCUUUCCGCGUUGAAACGCGAACAGGGUCAAAAACUAGCGAAUAAGAUACGGGCGGUAAAGUAUAUGGAAUGUUCGGCACUAACCCAGCGAGGCCUAAAGCAAGUCUUUGACGAGGCGGUACGGGCCGUACUCAGACCGGAGCCUUUGAAACGACGCCAACGAAAAUGUGUUGUGAUGUAG